AGAUAAAGUAAGGGAGAGAGAGAAACAUCAGAUGCCCCCACCCGGAUCCAACUGCAACCCAAGUAUGUGCCCAAAUCGGGAUUUGAACUCGCCACCUUUUGUGUACGGGAUGACGCUUCAACCAAUUGAGCCACCCGGCCAGGGGCAAGGUCAUGGGAGUGAUGUCAUGGUCAUGUGACUGCUGCCUGUACUCAUUCCCUCUGCUUCCCUGGUACUAACAUUCCGAAAAGCAAAUUGUGUAACCUGCCUCCAGCUCACCGGGACAGAGGCCUGAGCAGAAACAUUUCAUCCUGAUGGCUGACUCUAAACCACUCCCCUCCCUUGACUGGGACCCCGUGGCUGCAGAAGCCUUGCUUCGGGACGUGUUUGGGGUUGUUGUGGAUGAAGUCAUUUGGAAAGGGACCAGUGCUUCCGAGAAGGUCUGCGAGUGGAAGGAGCCGGAGGAGCUGAAGCAGCUGCUGGAUUUGGAGCUGCGGAGCCAGGGGGAGUCAAAGGAGCAAAUCCUGGAGCGGUGCCAGGCUGUGAUCCGCUACAGCGUGAAGACCUGUCACCCUCGCUUCUUCAACCAGCUCUUCUCAGGGUUGGAUCCCCAUGCCCUGGCCGGGCGUAUUGUCACCGAGAGCCUCAACACCAGCCAGUACACUUAUGAAAUCGCCCCCGUGUUUGUACUCAUGGAAGAAGAGGUGCUGAAAAAGCUCCGGGCGUUGGUGGGCUGGAGCUCUGGGGAUGGGGUCUUCUGCCCUGGUGGCUCUAUCUCCAACAUGUAUGCGGUGAACCUGGCCCGCUAUCAGCGCUUUCCCGAUUGCAAGCAGAAGGGCCUCCGGGCACUGCCACCCCUGGCCCUCUUCACAACGAAGGAGUGUCACUACUCCAUCAAAAAAGGAGCUGCUUUCCUGGGACUUGGCACCGACAGUGUCCGAGUGGUCAAGGCAGAUGAGAGAGGGAAGAUGAUCCCUGAGGAUCUGGAGAGGCAGAUCAGCCUGGCCGAAGCUGAGGGUGCUGUGCCGUUCCUGGUCAGUGCCACCUCUGGGACCACUGUUCUGGGGGCCUUUGAUCCCCUGGAAGCAAUUGCUGACGUGUGCCAGCGUCGUGGACUGUGGCUGCACGUGGACGCCGCCUGGGGUGGAAGCGUCCUGCUGUCACAGACACACAGACAUCUCCUGGAUGGGAUCCAGAGGGCUGACUCCGUGGCCUGGAACCCCCACAAGCUCCUCACAGCAGGCCUGCAGUGCUCAGCUCUCCUUCUCCGUGACACUACGAAUCUGCUCAAGCGCUGCCACGGGUCCCAGGCCAGCUACCUCUUCCAGCAGGACAAGUUCUACGACGUGGCCCUGGACACGGGAGACAAGGUGGUGCAGUGUGGCCGCCGGGUGGACUGUCUGAAGUUGUGGCUCAUGUGGAAGGCACAGGGCGGGCAAGGGCUGGAGCGGCGUGUCAACCAGGCCUUUGCCCUUGCCCGAUACCUGGCGGAGGAGAUGAAGAAGCGGGAAGGAUUUGAGUUGGUCAUGGAGCCAGAGUUUGUCAAUGUGUGUUUCUGGUUUGUGCCUCCCAGCCUGCGGGGCAAGCAGGAGAGUCUGGAUUACAGUGAAAGGCUGGCUAAGGUGGCCCCAGUACUCAAGGAGCGCAUGGUGAAGGAGGGCUCCAUGAUGAUCGGCUACCAGCCCCAUGGGACCCGGGGCAAUUUUUUCCGCUUGAUCGUGGCCAACCCCGCGCUGACCCAGGCCGACAUGGACUUCCUCCUCAACGAGCUGGAACGGCUAGGCCAGGACCUCUGAGUCCUCCUUUCACUGUUGGCCUUGACCCUCCUUCCUCCCCUCUGGCUCUGCGUAUCCCCUCCCCGUGUUCCCAGACCAAUCUUUUUAGGAAACAGAGUGGCUGUAAUAACGUUUAUAUCCUUUGACCUACUAACUCUCCUCUUAAAUAUGUGAUAUUAGGAGAAUGUUUAAUAAACUACAGAGUAUUCUUAUGAUAGAAUGUUAGGCUGCCUUUAGAAUUAUGUUUACAAAAAGGGUGUUUAUUGAUAUGAGAAAAAUAAUUUUAAUAUAAUGUUGAAAAAUCUGGAUAUAGUACUUUAUAUAUUAUAAUAUCUGAGCUAUAUUAAAACAUACAUAGAAAAAGACUGAUGAAAUAUGCCAAAACGUUAAUAGUUUUACCUCAGAUGGUAUUACAGGCACUUUAGAAAUUAACUUCUUACUCUGGCCAGUAUGAAUUGGUUGGGUAUUGUCCCAUGUACCAAAAGGUUGCAGGUUUGAUUCCUGGUAGGGGGCGUGCAGGAGGCAGCCGAUCGAUGUUAUGCUCUCACAUGAAUGUUUCUCUCUCUCUCUCCCUCUCUAAAAAGUAAAAAUAAAUUUAACUUUUCAUGCCUUUUGUGCUCCCUCCUUUUAUCAUAAAAUGAAUAUGCAUUACUCUUACAAUAGAAAAAUGAUAAAGUUAAAAUUUCAACUAUAUUAUUUUGGUAUGAUUAGGAGUUUGUUACCUUUCAAGCAAGUAAUGGAGAAUACAAAUUAAAUUUUUUUUAAGGCAGUGAAAGAUCCCAAAAAUCUUUAGUGGGAGGGGAAAGGCCCAAAGUGGAGGCACUCUAAAAUUAAUUGUACUUUAGUGACAUCGAAACAAAAUGGGCACUGACGGUAUCUUGAGACCAGAGCCUUAUCCACUUACACUUAAAAAUUCUCACCAGCUUGGCUGGGGUAGCUCAGUGGUUGAGCAUCGACCUAUGAACCAGGAGGUCAUA